AUGGCGCACCUCGACGUCAACGCCUCCAACGCCGUUAAGGCUGUCAACCCCGUCGGCCGGGGCGACGACAAAGACGGCAUCUCAACUGCCUCCGCCUCCGCCUCCGGUGCCGCCGCCGCCGAUACCAAGCCGGAGCCCCCACAACCGCCGCAGGAGGCCGGAUGGUUCCACUGGCACGAGCCCGGCACGUCGCCCGAGGAGAAGAAGCUGAUUUUCAAGCUCGACUGGUUCCUGCUGUCCUUUGGCUGUCUCAUGUACUUUAUCAAACAGCUCGACCAAAACAACAUCUCCAACGCCUACGUGUCCGGCAUGUCCGAGGAGCUCGGCUUCGGCCCCGGCAACGAGCUCUCGUGGAUGAACACCUACUUCAACGUCGGCACCAUCGUCGGCGGCUCCUUCGCCAACCUCGUCAUCACCGUCGUCCGCCCGCGCUUCUGGCUGACCGGCUGCCUCUUCACCUGGUCCCUCUUCGUGCUCUUCCUCUUCAAGUGCCAGAGCGCCCACCAGUUCUACGUCCUGCGCUUCUUCAUCGGCCUCUUCGAGUCCGCCGCCUGGCCUGGCGUCAUGUACGUCCUCGGCUCCUGGUACCGCAAGAGCGAGCUGUCGCGCCGCUCGGGGCUGUUUGUCAUGAGCGGCGUCCUCGGCCAGAUGUUCUCGGGCUACCUGCAAUCCGCUCUUUACACAGGAAUGGGCGGCAAGGGCGGGCUGUCGGCGUGGCGCUGGCUGUUCAUCUUUGACUUUAUCCUCGCCAUCCCCGUCGUGGUGUACGGCGUUAUCUGCUUCCCCGACACCCCUCACACGACAAACGCCUUCUAUCUCAGCGAGUGGGAGCGGCAGCGCGCCCGCGAGCGCAUCGAGGAGGAGGGCCGCAAGCCCGUCGGCAAGAUGAACUGGUCCGUCGUCGCCCGCGUCUUCGGCUCGUGGCAGGUCUACGCCUUCACGGCGGCCUACUGCUUCUGGACCCUCACCUGCGGCUCCUACAUCAUCCAGUACUUCACCCUGUACCUCAAGUCGACCAAGAUGUACACGGUGCCCGAGAUCAACAACAUCCCGACCUGCGUCGGCGCCGUCAACUUCGUCUUCAUGGUCUCGACCGGCUACGUCUCGGACAAGAUCGGCCGCCGCGGGCCCGUCUGCUUCGCCGUCGGCUGCCUGCUGACCUUUGUCUACGCCGUGCUGGCCGCCUGGACGGUGCCGCACACGCUGCGCGUCGCCGUCUUCGUGCUCGCCGGCUGCUACGGCUGCUACACGCCCCUGCUGGCCGGCUGGACCAACGAGGCCUGCGGCGGCGACCAGCAGAAGCGCGCCUUCGUGCUCGGCUUCAUGGUCUCGGUCGGCCAGGCCGUCGUCAUCCCCUUCCAGCAGCUGCAGAUGCCGAGCGGCCAGGCGCCGGCCUUUGCCAAAACCCACGGCUGGGAGAGCGCGCUCGCCUUCGUCGUCGCCCUGACCGUCUGGACGGGCGUCGGACUGCCGUUCCUGCAGAAGUGGCGGGAGUCCAAGGUCCAGGUCGGCACGCACGAGAGCGACAGCGACGAGGCUUGA